CGCUGUGAGGGGAGGCAGGAAAAUGGCGCUGACGCAGGGCACGAAGCGCAAAGUCUGCUACUACUACGAUGGGGAUGUUGGGAAUUAUUAUUAUGGCCAAGGCCACCCCAUGAAACCCCACAGGAUCCGCAUGACCCACAACCUGCUGCUCAACUAUGGGCUCUACAGGAAGAUGGAGAUCUAUCGUCCCCACAAGGCCAACGCAGAGGAGAUGACCAAGUACCACAGUGAUGAUUACAUCAAAUUCCUCAGGUCCAUCCGCCCUGACAACAUGUCUGAGUACAGCAAGCAGAUGCAGAGAUUUAAUGUAGGGGAGGACUGCCCUGUGUUUGAUGGGCUCUUUGAGUUCUGUCAGCUCUCUGCUGGAGGCUCUGUUGCCAGUGCAGUGAAGCUGAACAAGCAGCAGACAGACAUUGCAGUGAACUGGGCGGGAGGGCUCCACCACGCCAAGAAAUCGGAAGCCUCCGGGUUCUGCUACGUCAACGACAUCGUGCUGGCCAUCCUGGAGCUCCUCAAGUACCACCAGCGAGUGCUGUACAUUGACAUCGACAUCCACCACGGGGAUGGGGUGGAGGAGGCUUUUUACACCACAGACAGGGUCAUGACCGUGUCCUUCCACAAAUAUGGAGAAUAUUUCCCAGGAACUGGGGACCUGAGGGACAUUGGGGCAGGCAAAGGGAAAUACUACGCUGUGAAUUACCCGCUGCGGGACGGCAUCGACGACGAGUCCUACGAAGCCAUUUUCAAACCUGUGAUCUCCAAGGUGAUGGAGACGUUCCAGCCCAGCGCUGUUGUCCUGCAGUGUGGCUCUGACUCCCUGUCUGGGGACAGGCUGGGCUGCUUCAACCUCACCAUCAAAGGCCAUGCCAAGUGUGUGGAGUUUGUGAAGAGCUUUAACCUGCCCAUGCUGAUGCUGGGAGGAGGGGGGUACACGAUCAGGAACGUGGCUCGCUGCUGGACCUACGAGACUGCUGUGGCUCUGGACACUGAGAUCCCCAAUGAACUUCCAUACAACGACUACUUUGAGUACUUUGGGCCAGACUUCAAGCUGCACAUCAGCCCCUCCAACAUGACCAACCAGAACACCAACGAAUACCUGGAGAAAAUCAAGCAGAGGCUCUUUGAGAACCUGAGGAUGCUCCCUCACGCUCCCGGGGUGCAGAUGCAGCCAAUUCCUGAGGAUGCUGUGCAGGAGGACAGCGGGGAUGAGGAGGAGGAUGAUCCUGAAAAACGCAUCUCCAUCAGGAACUCCAACAAGAGAAUCUCCUGUGACGAGGAAUUCUCUGACUCCGAGGACGAGGGCGAGGGCGGCCGCAAGAACGUGGCCAACUUCAAAAAAGCCAAACGUGUGAAGGCAGAGGAGGAGAAGGAGGAGGAGGAGAAGAAAGAUGAGAAAGAAGAGGAAAAAGCAAAAGAAGAAAAAGCAGCAGCAGCAACAGCAGCAGCAGAACCCAAAGGGGUGAAGGAGGAGCCAAAAUCCACCUGA